UACACGUGCUAUAAGCCGGUUUAUGAAAUCACUAAUUUCACUGUCAUAGUUAAUAAAAACAGAACAAAUCUUAAGGAUGUUCUUCAACCUAAUACUAAUACUUGUUUAUCAGCUACAGGAGGAAAUCUGCGCUCAAGACGAAAACAUAUGCGGGAGAACAAAUGGUGCCUUUAUAUGCUGUUCUGGUUAUUAUUGGUUUAAUGACCGUUGUAUUGAAUGUUUUGGGGCGUAUGGAGUAAACUGUUCCAUGCCAUGUUAUAAUUCCUACGGCUACAGAUGUAAAGAAACCUGUUACUGUAAAAAGAACCAAGUUUGUAAUAAAUACAUAGGAUGUCGGGUGAAUGUGGUACCUUGCAAUGCUGUUCUGAAUUUUGUUUGUUUAAUCGCAGUUCCAUUGUAAAGAAAAUUUCUACUGCUACAUUUGGAGAGGAAUCUGCGACUUUACAGAAAAUCAAAUUUCUAAUAAACAUCCAGGAUGUCAGGAAAAAUGGCGAG